AUGGCGGCGGCGGAGGCAGAGGUGAGCAACAAGGGGGUGAUCCUGAAGCAGUUCGUGACGGGGGUGCCCACCGAGGACGACCUGGAGCUUGUCACCGCCGUCGUUCGGCUGGCCGUGCCGCCUGGGUCGGCGUCCGUGAUGGUCAAGAACCUCUACGUCUCCUGCGACCCCUACAUGCGCAACCGGAUGAGCGAGCACAACGAGGCAAGCUACAUCGAGCAGUUCGUGCCAGGGGAGGUUUUGGCUACUUUUUCAGUAGGCAGGGUGGUAGCAUCCGGGCACCCGAAUUUCAAGUCAGGUGAUCUUGUUUGGGGCAUGAGCGGAUGUGAAGAAUACACUUUGAUCACGGAUCCAGAGUCUCUUUUCAAGAUCAACCAUCCUGAACUACCUCUGUCGUACUACACGGGUGUUCUUGGAAUGCCUGGACUUACUGCAUAUGCUGGGUUUUUCGACGUAUCAAAACCUAAGAAAGGCGACUACGUUUUCGUCUCAUCAGCAUCGGGCGCCGUCGGGCAGCUUGUUGGACAGCUUGCCAAGAUCACUGACUGCUAUGUGGUUGGCAGUGCUGGUUCCGAUGAGAAGGUCAACCUCCUAAAAACCAAGUUUGGCUUUGACGACGCUUUCAACUACAAGAAGGAAGAGGACCUCAACGCCGCACUAAAGAGAUGCUUCCCGCGGGGCAUUGACAUCUACUUUGAAAAUGUGGGUGGUGCGAUGCUAGCCGCAGUGCUGCCCAACAUGAGGAUGAAUGGUCGGAUCGCUGUAUGCGGGAUGAUUUCGCAGUACAACCUGGAGCAGCCUAAUGGUGCCCCUAACCUCUUCUGCCUUGUUGCCAAGCGCAUCCGCAUGGAGGGAUUCAUGGUCCUAGACUACUUCGGCACCUACAACAAGUUUGAGGAGGAGAUAGCAGGUUACCUCAAGGAAGGGAAGAUCACCGUUGUUGAGGAUGUUGCCGAGGGGAUCGAAAACGUGUCGGCGGCGCUCAUCGGGCUCUUCUCAGGGCGCAACAUAGGGAAGCAGCUAGUCACCAUCGCACGAGAGUGA